CAGUGCUCAAGACGACAGGACCUCACAAGUGGGAAAAUACCUUAAACGGCCACGGAGCACUGAUAUCCCCAACUGGGUGUUCAAGACAACAGCUAACUGCUAAAGCUAAAGCUAACAACUAACUGCUAACACCUAAAGGUCAGAGGUCAUCCUGGCGGGUUCAAAGAUUAAGAUGGCCAGCAUGAACCGUCCAGCUCCGGUUGAACUCUGCCACAAGCACAUGAGAUUCCUCAUCACACACAAUCCAACAGACAGCACGCUCAACACCUUCAUAGAGGACCUGAAACGUUACGGUGCCACCACGGUGGUUCGAGUCUGUGACAUCACCUAUGACAAAACACCACUGGAGAAAGACGGGAUUACUGUGGUGGAUUGGCCGUUUGAUGACGGUGCCCCGCCCCCCAGUAAGCUGGUUGAUGACUGGUUGACCCUGCUGAAGAAGAAGUUUCAGGAGGAUCCAGGAAGCUGUGUGGCUGUGCACUGUGUGGCAGGACUUGGCAGGGCUCCUGUGCUGGUGGCUGUGGCUCUGAUAGAGAGUGGGAUGAAGUAUGAAGACGCCAUUCAACUUAUCAGACAGAAGCGUCGUGGGGCCAUCAACAGCAAACAGCUAACCUACCUGGAGAAAUAUCGCCCCAAGCAGAGACUCCGCUUCAAAGACUCUCACACACACAAGAACAAGUGUUGCACCAUGUGAACAGACACACGCACACACACACACACACACACACACACACACACACACACACACACACACACAUUCAUGCACAUGCACACAUAUCCUUCCCCUCAGCACAUGUCCUCAGGAAUCCAGCCACACUAGCCUUGUGUUAUUUUCAUACACACACAAAUACACAUACAGACUUUCACUGAUCUCUGCAGUGGGGCUUUAACUGCCCUGGGGAACUGGGGGAAUGGUCGGGUGUUUAUACAGUAAUGUCAUCAGACCCCCUCUUUCUCCCAUUGUUUCUAAUGAUUUCAUGUCUUUUUCUUUUAAAAAUUAUUUUUUAUGGCAUGUCGGCUUCAUAUGAUAGUUUACAGUAGAGAGAGACCGGAAAGAAGGGCAAGGGAGAGAAGGCGUAAAGUACUAUUAUUAUAUUUUUAAAGCUUAUUUUUUGAGGAAUAUUUGCUGUAUUAGGUAGUUCACAUUAAUAAGAGAUGGUACGGGUGGGUGGGAGAGAGAAAUUGAUGUGUUGUGGGGUCCUGAGCCCGAUUCAGAUUCACAACAUCCCAAAUCCUGAGACCUUAGGACACCAGGAAAGAUUCAGAUAUCACUCAUAUGGGCUUUUGAAAGCUGAUACUUUAUUUUAGUCAAUACUGUGCACCAAUACGCAAUAUAUUACCAUUUUCAUCCUAAGGCAUUACAAGAAUUCAGUGUUUCCCCCCUGAAUUUUUCUCUUGACAGGGUGGAAAAGCCUCUGAAACAGCAUUUUGAAACUGAAAUUUGAUCUCAAACCUGUACAAAUGUAUGCUUUUAGUCAGGUUGACAGCUUUUUAAAGGACAAUACCGGUGCCAGUUGUCUAGGUUGCCCACUCUUCUUUACAUUAUUCCUGAGGGAGUCUGUAAACAGUCACUGAUGCUGGAGAUAUCAUGGCUAAACUUCUUUCCUUCAGAAGAAGAAAUGUGCUGCCAUUCAUUCUUGUACCAAAUAAAAAACAACUUUAGAAUUAUUUCAGUGCACCUGAGUUGAACAUUUUCAGCAUCAGCUAGGUUUGCCUUUCAGAAAAGACAAAAAAGGCAAGUUAAUGUUAAAAGAUCUAAAUACAUAUGACAUGCUUUGCAAAACAAAUGACAGGUUAAGUAGAGGGACUUGAAAAACUGCAUGCACUCCCGAUGUAUUCCACAGAUUUCUUUAUUAAGUACAUACAGAACAAAAAUACAACGUUUCAAGCCAUGACAAGCUCUAUGUCUCACUACCUUUGAGAGAACCCAAUGUAACGUAGACAUAGUAGUUAAUGGGCCUUCACUGUAAAUGACACCGGUAUUCCCCUUAAAGGCAACCCACCUGUACAAUAUUAGGGGAAACUUAGUAAAUGACUUCAUUAGGUGGACAUUUAACUUACAAGGAGAUUUAAGAAAAUGAAAUGUCCUUGCACGUUUUACAAGCUGUAGUCAUGGAGGAAGCUCCAGGAUGUCAGUAGUGGAUGACAAUGACAUGCCAGUGUGUGAGAUUUAAUUAGAGGCCAGUAUUGGCCUGAUACUAUAUCAGUAAACUGAUAUAUCGAUCUAACCCUGCUACAUGAGAUUCAGCUGCUGUUACUACAUAUCACCACAUCAGUCAGACUUAGAUGGGCUAUAUGGGCUUACGAGACACAUUAUGAUGUUGUUCCUCAUCUGGUGUGAGGGUCUAAGGACAGAGGAUGUGGUACUCCUGUAAAGCCCUUUGGGACAAAUUUGUAAUUUGUGAUUCUGGGCUAUACAAAUAAAUCAAACUGAAUUAAAUAAAUUUGAAAUUAUGAGACACAUUAUGAUGUUUAAAGUGGCUCAUUCCCGCUGGGCCAGCUACGCUGCAACAAUCUGCAACUGAUGUAUGCUGAACUACCAUUAUCAUUACCAACCCUCAUUAUCACCUUACCAACCAUAUUCUGUAUAUUCCAUGAUCAUAAUGCAUGCAGUGUUAUUAAAUUUAACUGAGCAUGCAUAGCAAAGCUAUUUGAAUUCCCUGUUGUCAUGGCAGCCACCAAUUCACACCAGUCCACUGCAGCGUGAGCCCACCAGCUGUGGUCUGAGGAUGGAGCCACGUUGUGUCAAAACCCCAUGUAGCCUCAAAUCAUGUCUGGCAUACCGUAACAUGGCCUAGUGCUGCACAUAGGCUCUUAGUGUUUCGCAGUGUGUUACAGUAAACUCAUCUAUAUUUUCUUGUGGGGUGGAGGUUGCAUUUGAAUAUGCUUUGUUCCUUAUUAAAGCAGCAGCACAGUUGGAGUUCUUUUCUUUCACUUUACAUUCAAAAUGCAUUGGCCGGUAGUGGAACAUUCGCUCCUUGUUAUGUCUCAAUAGGUCAGGUGUUACAGCCUUUGCUCACUUUUCCAGUAUCCAUGUUAUUAAUUCCUCUGACAGGGUAGGAGGGGGAGACGGAGGGAGGAAGGAAAGAAUGGAGGGAGGAUCUACCCCAGUUUUAUCUGAAGUGUUUUCUUUUUUUUUUUAACAAUUACUCUGGGAUAAAUUGGCUGUGUAUGUGUAUAUAUGUGUGUGUGCAUGCAUGGGUGUGUGUGUGUGUGUCUGUGUGUGUCUGUGUGUCCUUGAUAACUUUAGCAAUACUGAUCUGGAUCAUUGGGAAUGGCUAAAGCUGCCACAUGUCUAAUCUUUGUAAAUUCUUAUAUUUAAUACAUUUUUGUCUGUCAUUUUCCCCAUUGUUUAAUAAAAUUAUUUAUAAUUUCC